UCGAGCGUCUCCGCCGACGCGCGCCCUCGCACCCAUGGCGACCGCCGCCCUGCUGCUGCUGGCCGUCGUCUGCUGGACGGCCGUGCCGGUCUGUCGAGCCGCCCUCUGGGAGGUCACCAACGAGAUCGGGCCGUACCCGGAGAAGCGCGGGCUCACCACCUGCCGACGGUCGGCCGUCUGCGGUCUGGUCCAGGCCAACGCUUGGGGCAUCAACACCGAGGCGUUCUGCAACUGCAUGGGCCGCGAGCCGUGCCCGCUCCAUUGGGACCCGGAGGACGGUCGCUCCGUCACGCACGGCUCCAACCAGUACAAGUACUGCCAGCGGGCGCCGGAGCUGGCCUGGUGA